UCGUCCUAGAGUACUGUGAAUUAAAUUCCCAGUGAAAUCUUUUUCCAAAUCCUAAGUCCUCACUACUCUAAACUACGAAAAUGUCUUGCUGCGGAGGAAACUGUGGUUGCGGCUCUGGCUGCAAGUGCGGGGGCAGCUGCAAUGGCUGCGGCAUGUACCCUGACCUGGGUUACUCGGAGAAGACCACCACUGAGACCAUCAUUUCUGGGGUUGCACCAGUGAAGAAGAUUUUGUAUGAGGGGUCUGAGACGAGCUUUGGAGCAGAGAACGGCUGCAAGUGUGGAUCAAACUGCACCUGCGACCCAUGCAACUGCAAGUGAUCAUCAUCAUCAGAAAAGCCGAGCAAAGUCUCAAACAAAGCAUGCAUUAAUUAAUUUGCCGGCUGUUGAUAAUUAUAAAUAAAAGAAGGAAAGAACGACCAAUAAGCAUGAAUGUAAGGAAGUUGGGUCUAUAUAUAAUAAUAUAUUGUAAUUAAUAAAACAGCCACUUCAAUUUGCUCGAGUUCAGUUGGUUUCCUACAAAAUAUGGAAUAUAUAUUGUUAAAUUUUGCUUUGUUA